CACAUCUUGGCACACUGAAGAGGGCGCAACCACAUCUAGCUUGAGUGAUAUCCAUCUUAGCGAGGAGGUAGCAGUUUAUAAUGCUUAUGCUGUAGCGUCAAGCUGACGGCAUCAAGCAACCUGCCACUUUUAUAUUGGGAUUGAGACAGCAGGCAGCUAGACUAGGGUCUUGCUAGUUCUGGUUCGCCUCCCUAUUGAUGGCGCCUGCAACUAAAAGGGGGGAGAAACCGGCAGCUCCUGCCAAUGACUGGCCAGAUAAAGGGCACACACCAACACAUAAGGCAUACGAUGGUCAUUUCUCAAGGCACCCGAUUCCUCAGUUGCAGGGCCCCUUCGAGGAAUCAAUUAUAGAGUCCAUUGAACUCCAAAAGAGUGAGCGGAUAACUAAUCUUGAUGCCCAAUCCAGGCGCAGGAAUCUAAUUGAAAGGCCCGAGUAUGAGCGACUUUGUGGUCGAAAAUGGCGCCAGAGGGCUGACGAAAGAUAUCAUCCUUUAUGGAAACUCACCGCUCAAAUGUCGUUUGGAGUCCACCUUCUGUUUGAAGGGCUAGCGAAGUCAGACGUGGAGGUCUUGAAAAUUCUCCAAGUCCAUGUAGAUGAGAUUGAUGGAUUUAUUGGUAGGACCUCGGAGGACUUUCUGAUCAUUCAAAUUGACGUGCGCACGCGAACUCAAUAUCUUAAACUACCUCUUCAGAACCUAGACAUCUUUGAUGAGAUGCUGGAUGAACGCAGUUUUCGUCUUUCCAUGAUUGAUUAUAAUGACAGAAUCGAGCAUGCUAUUGAACGGUUCACAGCCGCAAUCAGGGACGCUCUCAAGGAUGUACAGAAAGGCCGGGAAGCAAUUGGUGCGUUAUGGGCGUAUCUUAGAAGGGCAGCCCAAGAAAACGACCCGUUGUCCGCCAAAAUGCUUGCUGUCUACAAGGCCAUGCUGGCGAAUUCGGAGGGCUGGAAUGUGGCAUUUUCAAAGCUUUACCGGAGAGGCUUCGCCCUCCAGUCCGCUCUUUUCCAGCUUGGCUUGGCCAUCACGGAAAUGCAGCGGCGCGUGGGAGUAGCCAGUCGGAAAUCCGUGGUCAGUUACAAAAAGCCGUCAGGCCCAUACGUGGGUAUUGACACUGAUAUGAUCCAGGUGUCCUACAUGCAAACAUGUAAGAGCAUUUCGCGAGGAAAAUCAUUGCGAGAAAGGCUCAUUGAGAAGGGAGCAUCCAUUACUGCGGCGGCUUCACCCCCCAAUAAACCUCUGCCUCGUGCUCCAGAGCUCCCGGGAACAGCUACUUUUCUGAAAUCGAAGGAGUGCCACAGGAUGAUGCAGAAAAGUGUUCCAAAUCUUAGGGCGGCCAAGGAGAAGGGCGACUAUAGUAAGGACACAAAGCGACGCGGCCGAGCAAGUUCUGUCAACGGUCCAUCAGGUGGCCUAUACUCCGAAGGGAUUAUUCCCAGGCUUCGACGGCUCUCGAGGCCCAGAUUGAAGAUGGAGAGAUCAGCGGGUGACAAUCUUGAACCAACGGCGGCACGUCCUUCCACGGCACCAUCCCGCACGUCGAAAGCUCAAAGUGUCUCUUUGGAACAAAAGAAACCCCUGCAUGUGACCAGAAAAGAGCAACCCCUGAGAUCUCAGGGAACAUUUUUGUUAGCUCAAGCAGAAUGCUCGGCUACGGCGCAGACAUCGCUCAGACGGGAGGCGAUGAAGAACCAACUGUUGCAGUAUUUUAGGUCUGAUCGAGUGAUGGACGCUUGGGAAUACACGACACAGAAGGAAGGAAGAAAUACUCGCCACUCGUCGCAACUAAAAAAGAAUGGGCCUUGGAGUAUUUUUUGCACUGAAUCCUCCCACAACUCAGGUACUCCCAUGGAUCUAGAGACGAACACCAUCGCGGCCAACUUGAAAGCGAAUAUGGCCUGGCUACACGAUGACUCCGAUGUGAUGAAUACCUAUUCUUUGAAGCCAAAAAGGAAUGUGGACCCUAGAGUCCACGUCUUUUCGGUACAUUUAAAUGCAGCCGAGGAUAACUGUGAAGCAGAACGUCCUGGCCAUAGCGAUAAUCUCGGAACCAUGGUGGGGGAUGCACAAAUAACAGCCCUUCCUUCCAUACCGGCGUCACUCAGGAGCAGAGAGAAUGUCCAGCAUCACCCACCAUACCGCCGACGCAUUGCCGAGCCUGCCAACAUCUUCACCUAAAAUGGUUAUUUCAUCCUAGGUCCCAAUAGUGCCUAAGGGAUUCCCUGAUAUUUAUAAUGUCCGUCUGGGAGACCCCAUCUAAAAUCCACUCACUACCUUACCAUAUCGAUGACACGAUGUUCGUGGAUAAGUCAUGCACUACAAGAAGGUUGAAAGCUAAUAGUAUGUGGUACUGCUAAAAACAGGCCUAAACAUGGA